CGAAUGGUACCUCGACUCUGGAGGUCAUGUAACUUUGGAAAAUAUGCAUGGUACCGAUGUGACGACAGUUCAGCCUCGAAAACAUGACCAUCACGGGUAUCAACACGAGACAAGAUUGAUGGCAUCACUGGAUGAAAAUCACUUAGAACGUUCACAUUUGCUUAACAUUCAUACGACAUCACACACAGAGAGAGGGAGCGGGGGAGAGAAAAAGAGAUACAAUCAUUUAAUAAUGUACCACGUUAGUCGCCUUAGAGGAGGAACAAACAUUUUAAUGAAAUGACAAUCCUGCAUCAUGUGUGUUUAUGGAUGCUAUAUUAAAAUUGAUCUACGAGAUCAUUUGCUAAAUUCCAUUCUACUCUGUGGUUAUUUGUAUAAAUGAGACUUAGAUGAUAAAUGGAUACUUUAUUAAUCCCUUUAUUAAUUAAUACUUAGAAAAAAACAUUCAAUGUCGUGCCAUGUAACUGCGCCUUAUCAUCUUAUCUUUAGGCAAAUACAUCUUUCAGUACGCAGUUCCUCCACCUCUGAACAGCAAACAGUGACAAUAAUAGAUGUGCGCCAUGAGGUUUCCCGAUCAUGCGUUCGCUUACAUUAUUAUUUUUUUUUUUUUACCUUCCUUGACCUAGAGACGCUUUCUCAUCCAAUUCAAGGAAAGAAAAAAACGCCCUGAAGAGACAGGGCUGAUGACGUUACUUGCGUUAGCAGGGGAGCAUCUCGGGGCUUGCACUGCAUAAAUAGGGAAAGUUUCCCAGCAACAGGAUAAGACAGUUGCGACGCAGAAGUAUAGAAGAGCCGAAGAGCAAGAACAAGAAAACGGGAAAAGCACCACUCCACCACUCCAUCACUUGGGAAGAAUUCCUCCGGUACUUUACACGAGAGCAAUUCGUCCGGUUCCUACGUAUCCAAGCAUCAAUACCAUGGACAGCGCCAGAGUAGUCGUGUACAUCGGGGUCUGCCUGUCUGUCUUCAGCACUGUUUGCAAAAGUGAAACGUCACCUGAAAACCGAAUCUCUGCACAAGAUGACCAGUACCAAUUGGGCUACGUAACCAGGGAUUUGGCUGAAGCACUUGAAGGGCUUUUGGAGGGAGAGCAAGACAACCGGAUAUCACAGGAGAAAAGAGCAAGUGUCAUCCCACGGUGCGAUGUGGGUGAGCGUUGCGCCAUGAAGCACGGGCCCCGCAUCGGACGCCUUUGCGACUGCAUGAGAGGCACCGCGUGCAACACCUUCUUUCUUCGCUGCUACUGAGCGCGCUUGGCCCCUUCUGUCUCUAGACGAAUGCGAAACUUUCUGUGAGACCAGGGUUCAAGACAAGCUUGUAACAUUCGUGAAUCGUUUUGCAUGUGAUAUUUUUGUUCUGAAACAUUGCCUGUAAUUGGUAAACAAUGAUUAUAUGGAUUUAUUUUAUUUAAUAAAAAUGUAAACGAA